GUGGAGGAGAAAGAAGAGAAGCGGGAGAAGAAAGUAGAGGAGGAGGAGAAGGGGAAAGAGGAGGAGGCCCGGGCCCAGCCAGCCCGACCAUGACGACGGCCAUCCUGGAACGCCUCGGCACCCUGUCGGUCAGCGGGCAGCAACUGUGCCGCCUGCCCAGGCUCCUGGAGGACGGGCUGCCCAAGCUGCCCCGCACGGUCCCCGAGACGGACGUGCCCCAGCUGUUCCGGGAGCCGUACAUCCGGGCCGGCUACCGGCCCACGGGCCACGGCUGGCGCUACUACUUCCUCAGCCUCUUCCAGAAGCACAACGAGGUGGUCAACGUCUGGACCCACCUGCUGGCGGCCCUGGCCGUGCUGCUCAGGUUCCGGGCCUUCGCCGCGGGCCAGGCCCUGGCCUGGGGCUCGGCCCGGGCCCUGCCCUUGCUCCUCUUCGUCCUGUCCUCCCUCACCUACCUCACCUGCAGCCUCCUGGCCCACCUGCUGCAGUCCAAGUCGGAGCUGUCCCACUACACCUUCUACUUCGUGGACUACGUGGGGGUGAGCGUGUAUCAGUACGGCAGCGCCCUGGCCCACUUCUUCUACAGCGCCGACCAGGCCUGGUACGAGCGGUUCCGGCCGGUUUUCCUGCCGGCGGCCGCCUUCUGCGGCUGGCUCUCCUGCGCCGGCUGCUGCUACGCCAAGUACCGCUACCGGCGGCCCUACCCCGUCAUGCGCAAGCUCUGCCAGGUGGUCCCGGCGGGCCUGGCCUUCGUCCUGGACGUCAGCCCCGUGGCCCACCGCGUGGCCCUCUGCCACCUGGCCGGGUGCCAGGACCAGGCCGCCCGCUAUCACGCCCUCCAGAUCCUCUCCUUCCUGGUCAGCGCCUACUUCUUCUCCUGCCCGGUGCCCGAGAAGUACUUCCCGGGCUCCUGCGACAUCGUGGGGCACGGCCACCAGAUCUUCCACGCCUUCCUGGCCGUGUGCACCCUGUCGCAGCUGGAGGCCACCCUGCUGGACUUCCAGGGCCGGCAGGACAUCUUCGCCCAGCGCCACGGCCCCCUCUCCGUCUACGGGGCCGGCCUCUCCUUCUUCGUCCUGGCCGCCUGCAGCGCCGCCACCGCCGCCCUCCUGAGGCGCAGGGUCAAGGAAUCCCUGACCCGAAAGGACUCCUGAGGCGGGUCCCGCGCUGCCGCUGGGGCGGGUCGGAGCCCCCGGCCCGGGUGCCUGGGGAAACGCUGCGGGGUUUUUGCCUUUCGGUUUGGGUUUUCGGCGGCAUUUUCUCUCCGAGGGUGAGCCGUUGGGCUGCCGUGAUGGUUCUUUGUCUUUUCGGCCCGAGGACGGGACCAUGUCGCCGAUGUGGGCCGGGCUCCGUCCCCCGUGGCGCCGGCGGGAGAGACCGUCGGACUCGACCGUCGGGUCGAGCGCGGCUCAGCUCAGCUCUUCCCCGAUCACCCGGCAGCGCAUCUUUCCUCGGGAACGGCCGCUUUGGCCCGGACCGGCUCCGGAGGGAAGAGACGGGAACAGCCGGGACCGGGUCGAGGGCCGGUCCCCGGUGGGAGGGUGAGAGGAGCCAGUCGGACGACUUGGGGCGUCUGCGAGUCGGAGUCCGGAAUGGGAAACCUUUAACGGAGCCAACGGCUGAGAAUCCUAUGAUCUCCACUCCCUUCUUUUUCCCUUCUCCUCUCUCGGACCCGCUCCAAAUCCCUGACCCUUCCUCCCGGGACGACUCGGCCGUCCACCUUUCCUCUUCAGUUGGACGGUCCCAGCGUCGCGGCCGCGACCGUCUCCCUUCCGGGGAGAGCUCGAGUCUAAACAGAAACAUUCAGGACACCCGUACCUCAUCACACCCCUUGAAGGCCCCCAGUUCCCUCCAAUGACCCACGCUACCAGCUCCCGACCAGUAUAUCGAUCUUAUAUUCCGGGGGAUUUGGGGAAGCUUGGUUUGGGUCUGUCGGUUUUGGGUCCCUGGCUCAGGUGCCCUCGGGUUCCCGGCCGCCCACAGACCCUUAUCUUAGCUUCGUUUCCUUCGGGCCUGGAGGGUGGGGAGCAUUCCUCGUGCCUUAGAAACACAAACAUAUUUAAGGGGUUUCCUCGCUCAGCCAUGGGACACCCUGGACUGCCAGGGGUGUUGUGAUCGGAGCGGGCGGGGGAGGGAACGGAAGAUAGUUCUGUUCUCCCAACGGUUUGCGACCCGGAGGGACUCCUUCUCCCUCCACUGUAAUACCUGGACGCUUGCUGAUUCGCUUUUUCGCCGGCACCUCGGCUCUGCCUUUCCCGGGGCUUAGAGGAGCAGCUCCUCGGGCUGAGCUCCAAGCCUUUGGGCCACUGCGCUACCUCCCCAAGGCAUCUCAGGGUCUCUAAAACACAAAUCCAGGUACGCCGAGGGCACCUGAAUAGAUAAACAGGUUGGAGCGGUCGUUGGAGCCUUUUUUGCAAAUCUGGGGCUCCACCUUGGCCUUCGAUAGCAGGGUGAGAUUGGUUUGCAUCAGGAGAUGCAGAAACCAUAUUAGUGGUGGGAAAAUGGAAAAGUCACUGGAUCAUCCCAGGUAUCUGGGCAGGACACCAAGGAGAUGGCCAUAGGUGGUAACUUUUGCCCGCCUUUAGGGGAUAGUCCAGAUGUAUUUUGGGAUGCAGAGUAGAAUGAGAAUUCUAGUGAAUACUUUGGGAUCUCAAGGUGCCCACAGCUGAACAGAAAUAGGGAGGAUUAAAUGCCUGUUCUCCCUCUUAGACUGUGAGCCCCAAGUGUCCAACCUGAUUUAGAACAGUGCCUGGCACACAGUAAACACUUAACAAUACCAUAAAAGAACACAACUAAAAUAGGAAGGUCCGGGGGGAGGGAAUAAAGGGAGGGAAGGAAAGAGAAGAGGAGGAGGUGGUUAGGGGAGGACAGAAUGUGGGAAGAGUCAUCUUAACUCCCGCUGGGUGCCAGGAUUACUUGGAUUCACAUUUUUGUCAACACGACUCCCAGAGAACAUUUUUCCUGCAUCUUUAUGCCUUCAGAUGCUUUGGUGACCAUGCACCCAUUAAAUGAUGCGCACGGGACAGAGAGCAUCAGAAACAGUUUACAGUGUUAAAAUGGUUCCGAUCAAUGGUUAGUCCCAGCUCAGCAUUCUGUCGCCCAACAGUGGCAACUGGAUGUUUGGAGGAAUAACGCAACGAUCGUCCUUCUUGACAGACAACAGCAAGUGAAGGGAGGCGCCUUCCUAGAAUCCUAAUUUUCCAGCUAACGGUCCGCUUUGGACCUCUUAUCCGUGCUUUUCUCUAACCCUCGUAAAGCCUGCUGAUAGCGUCAGUCCGCCCCACUUUCCGAAAUAACAGAUUCCAUAGCCUUAUUAUCCUCUGCGAAAUGUUUCCUUCUGUUUAAUUCGAGCCGCCCAGCUCCUCCGGCACCUUCUUCGUGACGUUCGCAAGCAGAGGCAAGAACUGGGAGUCAGAGGACCCGCGUCCUGAUCCCGGCCCCCGGACCAGCCUGCCGCGCGACCUCGGCCGAGUCGCCUAACUUCUCUGGGCCUCGGUUCCCUCCCCUGCAAAAGGGGAUUCAAUACCUCCUCU